AUGAGUCUAUCAGAACUAUUCACCUUGACACUGUUUUCUUUUUCACUUUCAGACGGUUGCUACGACAAUUCGAAAGGUCACGUCUCCACAUCCACUUCCACCACCACCGACAUGUUGUCCUCCAGUCUGUUCGGCAUGUUCACAAACUUCAACCACUCGACCGACAUUCAAGUACAGUUGGGUCCAACGCAUCUUCCGCAACUUUUCACACUUUCUCUUCAACCGUGUCCGUCGGAUUGUCAACUGAAAGACAGUCGUGUUGAUGCUAUUUCG